AUGACAGUACUUUCCAUUUUUGUUAAGCAUUACACGAAAUCGCAGCUACAGCAGAUGAUACCAGGCUUAACCAUAUGGCAGAUAAGGAAGCACACGGCAGUGGUUGGAGCCGGUGACUGCCGGAAGAGUGGCAACCUGUGGUUCACUACAGGCUCGACAGCCAAAAACUUGAUCACUUUCUGGACUUCAACGGUUGCCCCCAUUAUAUUCAAGAUGUGGCGUACGGCACCAAAAAGCUACAAAUGUCAACUGGUGAGGUGUUACAGAUCCCAAACGUGGUGCGCACUAUGCUAAGCUUCCGUAUGGUUGCACUAUACCAGAACGACUGCUGCAAAAUGGAGUUUGAACCUCUCGCAAGAUCAACCCUUUUCGCUGUGCUUAAAGUAAGUAACCCUGUACAAUCUACUUGUUUCUUAUACACCUUUUUAUGUGUUUUUUUCUCUCAAAGUGUUGACAGGUAUCACUAACAUAUGUAGAUUUGCCUUUUCACUAAAAGAUACCGUAUCGUUCUAUUCAAUCUUUCAACAAGUGCGUGCUGCAUCGAAAAAGGAGAGCCGCCCAGGCCUGGAUAGCGUGACAAGUAAGGGAUCCUUUGACACUUUGGAAGCCGCCGUUCUUACUAUCGGGUCACUAGGUUAGCGCGAUUGCUCAAAUUUGUCAUUUGUUAUGAAAGUGACCAAACGUGCAUGGUAGUCAUUAGGUUUGAUUAACAGUGGUCAUAAUUGUUCACUGCAUAUGCAGGCAUGUCUACUGAAUGGAUUAACAGCACUGUUAAAAGGUUUCAAUCAGCCAAGGUAUACCUUAAGACCGAUCACAAGCUGCACGUUACCGAGGAAAGCCCUUGCGCAGAUCACAGCCUGGGGUAUGCGCUUUCUUCCAACGAGAAAGACUUCCACGCCACUUGUACGCACCAGCAUAACAUUCUUAUGUGA